AAUAGUACUUACUACUUAAGUAAAAAUCUGGGAAAAUUUAUUUUAAAUUUAAUUUACAAAUAGCCACAAGAUAUCAUUUCCACGUUAUUAUAAGGGGCAAGUUUCAUUUCCAUUUUUGUCCAAAGGAACACUCCAAUUACUACAACCAACUUCCGUAUUGUUGUGUGGUUGUGGUACGAAAAGACCACCUUCAGAUUCCAUUGGAAGAGAUAGUUCCCGAAGUGAUGCUACAAGUUAAGCUAUAGUUUAACUAGCUGCAUUUUGCUGGGAUCUGUUGCUCAUUUAGCCGCAAUAAGGUUUAGUAAAAAGCUCUUAAGAAGGAUUACAACUGCACUUUUUAUAGGAUUCUGCUAGUAUCUCAAUGAUGAAUCAGGCAAAAAUCAAGCGCAGAGUUGGUAAAUAUGAAAUCGGAAGGACAAUUGGUGAGGGAACAUUUGCUAAAGUUAAGUUUGCAAGGAAUUCAGAGACAGGAGAACCUGUAGCGAUCAAGAUUCUUGAUAAGGAUAAGGUCCUUAAGCACAAAAUGGCUGAGCAGCUAAAGCGGGAGAUAGCAACAAUGAAGUUAAUCAGACAUCCACAUGUCGUUCAGUUAUAUGAGGUGUUGGCUAGCAAGACAAAGAUAUUCAUUGUUCUGGAGUUCGUUACAGGUGGAGAGCUCUUUGACAAAAUUGUAAAUCAUGGACGAAUGCAUGAAAAAGAAGCAAGGAAAUAUUUUCAGCAGCUUAUUAACGCUGUUGAUUAUUGUCAUAGCAGGGGAGUCUACCAUAGAGAUUUAAAGCCUGAGAAUUUACUGUUGGAUGCUUCUGGAAACCUCAAGGUUUCUGAUUUUGGAUUGAGUGCUCUGUCCCAGCAAGUCAGGGAUGAUGGCUUACUCCACACCACAUGCGGAACUCCCAACUAUGUUGCUCCUGAGGUACUCAAUGACCAUGGAUAUGACGGUACAACGGCGGAUCUGUGGUCAUGUGGAGUCAUACUCUUUGUACUGCUUGCAGGUUACUUGCCUUUUGAUGACUCUAAUCUUAUGAACCUGUACAAAAAAAUCUCUGCUGCUGAAUUUAGUUGUCCACCAUGGAUGUCUUUUGGCGCAAUGAAGUUAAUUACUCGCAUCUUGGAUCCAAACCCUAUGACACGUAUCACCAUUGCAGAAAUUCUGGAGGAUGAGUGGUUCAAGAAAGAUUAUAAAUAUCCUGUUUUUAAUGAGAAAGAAGAUGUGAACCUGGAUGAUGUCGAAGCUGUCUUCAAGGAUUCUGAAGAACAUCAUGUUACAGAGAAAAAGGAAGAGCAGCCAACUCCCAUGAAUGCAUUCGAGUUGAUUUCAAUGUCAAAAGGACUCAACCUUGGGAAUCUCUUCGAUGAACAGGAAUUUAAGAGAGAAACAAGGUUCACAUCUAAAUGUUCAGCCAAUGAAAUAAUCAGUAAGAUUGAAGAAGCUGCGAAGCCCCUCGGUUUUGAUGUUCAUAAAAAGAACUACAAGAUGAGACUUGAAAAUGUUAAAGCUGGAAGAAAAGGGAACCUUAAUGUUGCCACUGAGGUAUUUCAAGUUGCCCCUUCUCUUCAUAUGGUUGAAGUGCGAAAGGCAAAAGGAGAUACUUUGGAAUUCCACAAGUUCUACAAGAAUCUUUCAACUAGCCUAGAGGAUGUAGUGUGGAAAACUGAAGAGGACAUGCAGAAUAGGUAGUAUAACUACCAUGAACUGCAUUGCAUUAGCUACUGGUGCUACAACUUGUGUAAAAUAAGCUUUGCAACUUCUUUCUUUGUUUUUGUUCUUUUUUUUUUUUUCAAAAAAAAAUUGGUCCGUUCUGUGUAGUGGGACUUUUUUCUCCUAAUGGCUUCCUGUUUCAUCAUGUCAUGAGUAGGACUUUUGUUGCUAUUUUAUUUGCAUUUUGUAUAACUGGCAUACGCUUAUGACAAAUGUGUAUACAGCUUUUCAGCUCCCUCAAGAAAAAGAUGAAAAAUACAUCGCUUUUCAGCCCCCUCAAGAAAAAGAAGAAAAAAAAUAUCCGCUCAAGGAGAAUUAUCGUUUUCGUUGCCCCAUUUGCAGUUUCUAUCAACACUAGCAUACUUUUCAUUAUUUUUACAUAUUAUCAGCUCCCUCCACAAAGAAAUGCUUCUAUGAAAAAUAUUUUUUUUCAUUA